GGAAUCUCCCCUCUCACAACACACCAGAGCGCAGUCAGAGGAACGGAACCGACUGGACCGAACAUCUCUCGGGGAAUGUGUAGUGUUUCAUCGUCGUUAAACUUGUUGCGUUAAAUCAUCAGCAUCAAACCUAAACGGACGCCGGCUGUUGUGGUUUUUAACUUCCAGCAACUGUAUUUUUAUUCUGAACUCUAUUGGACGGAUCACAAUGACCCACGGUUCCGGAGCAGAGAUGGUCCCGGAGGUUUCGGCCGCCGCGGGGUUUGUUUGCAGGCUUUUGCGCGGCCGCGGACGCUUGAGUGACGCGCAGCUCCAGGUGUUUAGAGACUGUCUCGCGCAGGCGCUAUCAGCACACUACCAGCAUCAUUGGUUCCCCGACAGGCCGCAGAAGGGCUCCGGUUACCGUUGCAUACGGAUCAAUCACGAAAUGGACCCUCUGAUUGGCCGAGCGGCCAACCGUAUCGGACUGACCAGCGGGCAGCUUUUCUCGCUCCUGCCGCGGGAGCUGACGCUCUGGGUGGACCCGUACGAAGUGUCCUACCGCAUCGGCGAGGACGGGUCCAUUUGCGUUCUCUACGAGGCGGAGCCUCCCGUCUCAAGCCCCGCCCCUAGCAUCUCAGCGUACGACCAAACGGCGAGCUGCAAAUACCGCUUCACGUUGGGCGGCCGCACGAGUCCUCCCAAAAACCUCCUGAUGAUGGUGUCCAGCUGAGCGCACGGGACCGGUUCUGCCCGAACUCGCGCCUGACCGACCAACUGCCACGCUAAGAGCCGGAGCUGUUCCCGUGACUUCACUUCGUAAACCUUUAUUUAAGAUGAACGUUAAAGCACUGGUUGUUACGCGGCCGCUGGACCACCGACUCUGGAGACCUAUUAGCACUGUUCUGUGUGACUCGUUUAUUUUGAUCAUCCCGAAACCGGUUUUGGGGUGUUUUCACUGGUGCUCACGCACAGUUUCAGUGCAACUACGAUACCUCAGUCAUGAGAAUGUUACGCAAUUACAGGCCUGAAACAUACUUUACGCAAGUUCGCAAAUGUUUUAAGUUUAACAAGCGUACAAUGUUUUCAAACA